AUGAAGCUAAUUGAUGGUCAGAUACUUAAAGGUGAAGUGGUUUUUUUUAACGGUGAAUCUAAAAAUAAAUCGGAAAAACUGCUUCCUUUAAAGAUUGUUCAAAAUAAGUAUAAACACAAAAAAAAAGAACCUAAGAGGAAGCUACUAACACCUUAUAAGAAUGAAAACAUGAGUGACUUUUUUAAAAGGGUAGAUUCUGAAAGUAGACAAUAUUUAAUGGAAAAAGAUAGAGAAGCUCUUAGACUACAAAAAUCUUUGAAAAACAAAAAAAAGAGAGAAAAAAGGGCAUUGAAAAGUUUAGAAAAAAGCCAACUUAAGAACAAAAAAUUGAAUGAAAAUAGUGAACUUGAAUCUACUUUCAGUUUAGUCAAUACUAACAGACCUUCUUUUGGGGAUGUGAUUGACUCUCCUCCUUCAUUUUCUUCAAAAAUCAAGGACAAGUUAGAAAAGGCUAAAAAAGAAACUAAGAUUUGUAAUGACCUUUCUGAAUAUGUUAAUCAAGUAAGAAAAGCAUAUUCAAAUAUCAAGAUGAAAAGGAUCUCUGAGAGUAAUAAGUUUUUUGAGAGUAAGAAAAAGAAUUCAAAGUUAUUAAAUGAUUUUGGAGAUGGUUGGGUUGGAAUAGGUAAAUUUAAAAGAGAAGAUGAAUGA